CGGGUCUACAUAUAUACCACCCCCACAAGAACCUUGAUCACACACACUACGUGACACUGCAGCUAUGGGACGUCCGACGACCUCGCAGCAAGACAAUGCUCCCCAGGAGAGCUUGACCGUCCGGGACAACCGCACUGGGAAGGUCUACACCAUUCCCAUCGCGGACAAUGCGAUACCUGCUACGGCUUUCAAGUCCAUGGCUGCGCCCAGGAAAGCGGGCGAGCGGGAAGAGAACGAGACUGAGAAGGGUCUCCGUGUGCAGGACAAGGGUUUCUUGAAUACCGCCGUCAUUAACAGCGAGAUUACUUACAUUGAUGGGGAUGCUGGUGUCCUUCGCUACAGAGGAUACCCCAUUGAACAGCUCGCGCUUCGUUCAUCUCACCUCGAAUCUUCCUACCUGCUCAUUUAUGGCUCCCUUCCUACGAAGGAGCAAUUCAAGUUCUUCGAGAGCGAAGUAAUGCGACACUCCGUUAUGCACUCCGACGCGGAGGGUUUCUUCAGGUCGUUCAGAUACGACGCACAUCCCAUGAGCAUGCUCACCAGCGCGUUUGCGAUGUUGGGGUCGUACUACAGCGAAGCCAACCCUUCCCUUCAAGGUCAACGCCUCUAUACCAAGGGUGAUACUGCGUCUCUGGAGACCAUGGAUAGACAGAUAUACCGUCUUAUUGGCAAGGCCACCACUCUAGCGGCGAUGGCGUAUCGAGUGCGCCAGGGCCGUAACUUCGUGACCCCACCGACCGGCCUGAGCUACACCGGCUCGUUCCUGUACCAGAUGGAUCAUCUCGGGGAAGAGAACUACACGCCGAACCCUAUCCUUGAGAAGGCGCUCGACGUGCUGUUCCUCAUUCAUGCGGACCACGAGCUGAACGCGUCGUGUACGACUGUGCUGCAGACGGGCAGCUCUCUGGUGGACCCGUACUCUGCGGUCGCCGCAGGAUGUGCUUCGUUAUACGGACCAUUGCACGGCGGCGCGAACGAGGCAGUUAUUCGCAUGCUCAUAUCUAUCGGAAGCCCGGAGAACGUGCCAGCGUUUAUUGAGGCGGUCAAGAAGAAAGAGAAAACGCUGUCCGGUUUCGGUCACCGUGUAUACAAGACCUCAGAUCCCCGUUCGUUCAUCGUCCGCAAGACGGCAGACGAGGUGUUUAAGGUGACCGGGAGGGAUGCCCUUCUCGAUACAGCAAUGGCGCUGCAUGAUGCGGCCAUGAAGGACGAAUAUUUCGUCAAGCGCAAGCUGGCACCCAACGUGGACUUCUGCAGCGGCCUGAUCUACCGCGCGAUGGGCUUCCCCAUGGACUUUUUCCCGGUGCUUUUCGUGGUCCCCCGAGUGGUCGGAUGGCUCGCGCACUGGCGGCAGAUGAUGCUGCAGGAGGGGGGCGUGAAGAUCUGGCGCCCGCGGCAGGUUUACGUCGGCCCUUCGAAGCGCGAGUAUGUCCCCGUGGAGGAACGUGUCCCAGUCGAGGGUGCGAGGCAGACGCCGUCGCGCGUCGAGCACGGAGGGAUCACGAAGCGCACGAUGAUGGCCACGUUCAAGGGGAAGAGCAAGCUGUGAACAACGUCCGAGGCGGGGCGACGGCCUCGGCGCGCCAGGCGUUGUCGACGACGAGGGAGGGAGCCGACGAGGAACGCGCGGUCGAUCAUGUACCGACAUUUUUGAUUUAUUUAUGCACGGCCCUGGGCCUGUUUGGGC